UCCAUUUAUGCACGAGACCGACAAAGGCAAAGUUAGCGAAGAAUCGACAAAGGAGAGAGAGAGAGAAGAGAGGAGAAGGGGCUGCUUCUGCUUCUGCUUCUCUCAACAGCUGAAGCCACAACGGUAGCUGCGAAUCCCGGCGUCGAAGGCGAAGGGGAGUCGACGGCGGCUCGGCGCCUCCAUUCUUUCUUCUCGUCGGUGCUCUCGAGCAUCUUCUUUGCGCAGCAGAGCCAGGAACAAGAAGAAGCAAAAGGAGGAGAAAGAGGAGGAGGAGGAAUGGCCUCAAAGCAACAUAACGCAGUCGCUCCGCAGCAACCGAGAGGUAAGAGAUAUACUUCUUCUUUGGACAAUUGAGGAUGGUUAACGUCCGCAGUGCUGAAGGGUCAGAAUUGUCACCUCAAUCGGACCAAAAAUCAUGAAGAUCCAACACUAACCAUUUCUUUUUCAACCUUUUGUCUUGCCCUCCCUUUUAGGAAGUCGCAGGUCCUCAUUUUCCUCGCGAUCUCUGAUUAUAUAUCAUUUUAUGCCUACUUUAGAUUCAGAUAAUCUUAUGUUAUAUUGGUUUCUUGCGGAAGCUUUGGUGCGCAACGGUUGGCAAACUUCGCUGCUGUCACAAAGGUCUGCAGACGAUCCGCUGCUUCGCAGAGAAGCACUUCUAGAUAUCAAUCAUUUUACUAAAACCAUCAACAUUGUGUGCAGAAGCCUGUAGCUGUUCCCGCCGAUGGAGCAGUAGGAAAAGGUGGCGUGAAACCGGCCAACAAAAAGGCUCCCACUGUGAGCUUCGGUAAGAAACCAAUGUAACAUAAGAUUAUUUGAAUCUAAAGUAGGCAUAAGAUGAUGUAUAAUCGGAAGAGAUCGCGAGGGAAAUGAGGACCCACCGAGUAAUGAGACGAUUAAUCUGCACCUGCGACUUCCUAAAUGGGAGAGCAAGACAAAAGAUUGAGAAAGAAAUGGUUAGUGUUGGAUCUUUGCGGUUUUAGGUCCAAAUUGAGAUUGAGGUGACAAUUCUCACCCUUCAGCACCGCGGACGUUAACCAGAUUACCACCGCAAAAACUAUCCUCAAUUGUCCGAAGAAGAAGAAGUAUAUCUCUUACCUAAAUAAGAAGAAAGAGGCGACGAAGCAGGUGUCGGCGACGACAACAACAGCAGCAGCAGUAGCAGCUAAUGUCGGUUCUCGCGGCAAACCUUCUCGAAAGAAAGUCCACACUUUCACUUCCGUGCUCACCGCUCGCAGCAAGGAUGCUUGCGGGUUAACUGGGAAACCGAAAGAGUUGGUACAAGACAUCGAUGUGUCUGAUGCCGAUGACCAAUUGGCUGUUGUGGAUUACGUCGAGGACAUCUACAAGUUCUAUAAACUCGCCGAGCAUGAGAGCGAGCCGACCCCACGACUACAUAGACUCUCAGGUCGAGAUCGAUGCGAAGAUGGGGGCCAUCCUCGCCGACUGGAUAAUCGAAGUGCACCAUAAGUUCGAACUCAUGCCCAAGACUCUCUACCUCACGUUUUACGUCAUCGAUCGGUAUCUCUCGAUGGAGAUGGUGCCGAGGAGGGAGUUGCAGCUUGUGGGUGUCGGUGCCAUGCUUAUCGCUUGCAAGUACGAGGAAAUAUGGGCUCCCGAGGUCAAUGAUUUCAUUUGCAUAUCAGAUAGUGCAUAUACCAGGGAGCAGAUACUGGGGAUGGAGAAAACAAUUCUGAACAAGCUGGAAUGGAACUUGACUGUUCUGACGCCGUACGUGUUUCUCGUGAGAUUUCUGAAGGCUGCAGCCAGUGAUAAGGACGUGAGGACUAUGCAGCAUAUGGUCUUCUUCUUCGCCGAACUGGGCUUGGUGCAAUACCCGAUGAUCAUGUAUCGUCCAUCGAUGGUCGCUGCUUCCGCAGUCUACGCAGCCCGCUGCACGCUGAAGAAGAGCCCUUUCUGGACCAAGACGCUGAAGCGCCACACUGGCUUCUCCGAGCAGCAGUUGUUUUCGAUCCACCGCGGGUUCGGAACGUUAGAAGACUUUCAAGGACGAUCCAAGGACACGUGAAUCAACCUCUACGAUUCGGGCUCGUCGCGUAGUAGCGUGAAUCGCUUCCGCAAAAAGGUACGAAUCAAUACUUCCGCUACGUUCUACAGGUUUUGUGCUGCAUACUUGCAGGGACUGUAGUAAGAUCCUGGUGAACGCGCACGCAACCGCAACGGAGAGCAAGCAAAAGGUCGUGUACAAGUACUCCCACGAGCAAUUCGCAGCCGUGGCUCUGCAUCCUGCGGCGACGAAAAUGAUGGAGGAGUUGAAGAAAUUUUCGAUCGAGUGAUCGUGGGUUGUUUUCUGUUCUUUUGUUCUGGUUUUGCAAGACUUUGAUAAUUCGUUAUUUUUGUUUGUUUCGCCGUGCUUUCGAGUCUACAAGAGAAUCAAUCAUCUCAGUGGUGAUGAUAGGAAUUAAGGAUGUGUGUGUUCUCUUUCCCAGGUGUGCAUACUCUAUUCCCAGGAGUAUGGUGUAUCCUACAGUUCAUUUCUGUUUCUGAGGAGGGUGCACUCUACCCAGGAGUACAAUUUACAAUUUAUCCAAUUGUCAAUUUGAUUUGCUUCCAUGUAUCUGAAUCUAUUGAUACAAUUGCUAUUUGUAUAAUUCUCCCAAAAUUUAGUGUGAGAUUUAAGCUUUUAAGA